UGAAGGUUAGGGGGAGCGAAGAAAGCGCACGUAUUGUACGUGCAUUUGCCACUUGGAGUAGCGACUCGGCUGCGAGCCACCGGGUUUGAAUGUCUGGAGACGGUGUGCGCGAGGGGAAGGACAAAGCUGAGCUGCCCGACGUUACACCGGGUGCUGAACCAGGUCAAGACGACAACAUGAGCGAGAGGUUUGACUGUGAUAACUGUAAGGAGUCCCUGUACGGCCGCAAGUACAUCCAGGCCGAGGACAGUCCCUAUUGCAUCCCCUGCUACGACAGCCUGUUCGCCAACACCUGUGACGAGUGCAAGGAGCUCAUUGGACACGACUCCAGGGAGCUGUUUUACGAGGACCGGCACUACCAUGAGCACUGUUUCCGCUGUUUCCGCUGUGACCGAUCGCUGGCGGACGAGCCCUUCACCAGCCAGGAGGAGGCACUGCUGUGCAAUGACUGCUACUGCAACGAGUUCUCCUCCAAGUGCGUGGCCUGCGACAAGACCGUCAUGCCAGGCACGCGGAAGUUGGAGUACGGGGGCAGCACAUGGCAUGAGGCCUGCUUUAUCUGCCACAGCUGUGAGCAGCCAAUCGGCUCCAAGUCCUUCAUCCCGGACAAGGACGAGCACUACUGCGUGCCCUGCUACGAGAACAAGUUCGCCCCCCGCUGCACCCGAUGCAAGCAGGUCUUGGCGAAAGGGGGCGUGACCUACCGGGAUGAGCCGUGGCAUAAGGAGUGCUUCGUGUGCACGGGCUGCAAGAUGCAGCUGGCUGGCCAGCACUUCACCUCCCGCGACGACAGCCCCUACUGCCUCAAGUGCUUCGGCAACCUGUACGCCAAGAAGUGCGAAGCCUGCAGCAAGCCAAUCACAGGUUUCGGCGGGGGGAAGUACAUCUCAUUCGAGGAUCGGCAGUGGCACCAGUCCUGCUUCACCUGCUCACGCUGUUCCGUGUCGCUAGUGGGCGCCGGUUUCUUCCCCGAGAGGGACGAGAUUCUCUGCCGCGACUGCAACAGCAACCUAUAAGCCCCUCCCCCCACCCAAUGCCCCGCUCCCCAAGCCACGCCUACACCCUGCACACCAAAACACAGGUGUACCACUCAAGCACCACCCCACCUCUUCCUCAAACAUCUCCUGGUGCCUACAAAGGAGCUGUUCACACACCUGUCCAAAUUUCUGCUCGUGCGCUGGAGAGAUCACUCCCCACACUGCAACUUGCAACGAAUCCUAACAUUUCCUUUAAUUUCAAAGCAAGCCAACAUUUCAGUAGGCAGACCUUUUUAAUCAGAGCAGGGGGUUAUUCAAAAUAAAAAAAAAAAUCCUUACUUACCAUCUUGAAUACGAUAGGCUUGACAGUCACUGUUUUUUUUUUUUUUUUU